AUGCUGCGUGGUGUGGUAGUGAUCGACACGAUCACGACUCUAAUCAGAUCAGAUUACUUUUUGCUUACCUUUCUGGUGCUGGUCGUCCUGUUCGUCGGUACCGUACUCGGUUAUACACUACGCGAGCGGAUUGCACUCGGUUUGCAGGAGCAGAUGUACGUGAGCCUGGAGCUGUACGGCCGCCGCCGCAUGACGACCGUUUCCUGGGACAUGACACAGGAGGAGCUGCAGUGCUGCGGCGUUGAGGAUUACCGUGACUGGAACGAUCGUAUCCCGGACUCGUGCUGCCUGGAUGAUUACGGUGCCCGGAAGCGACCCUGUCAGCAGGUGCAAAAUUCGCUCACCAUCUACCAGACCGGAUGCUAUCAGGCGAUCACUCAGGAGCUGAUGCACAACGCAGCGUUGCUAGGGCUAGUGGCGAUGCUCCUGUUCGUUGCCAUCAUUCCUGCAACGGUCAUGGCAUACUACAUGCUAACUGUCGUAUGA